AUGGCCAAUGAUCAAUGUUCAAAAGAAUCAAACUGUGCAAAAACCUCGGAAGAACCAUAUCUUUUGGAUUCUUCAACCUUUUUAUCAGAAGAAAUGAAUAACGUUGGUGAAUUUCGUUUUAAUUCAAAUCGACAUGCGAAUUCAUCCCUAAGAUUUAGCAACAAUGAUUGUACUGUGGAAUGGAUAGAAGCAUCUCAAGCAAUCUGGAUUCCAAUUGAGACGAAAGCAAAACUACAUUCAGGAAAAUGGUCUUUGGAGUUUGACGUGGAAUGGAUGGGAACCCAUCAAAUUGGAGUUGGUUUCUUGUUAGAUUGGAAUAUUGGUCCUGACUGGGGAUUUUUUGGUUAUUUAGGUUCCUCUAGGAGCGCAUGGUCGUAUGAUCCAUCAACUGGUGAUAUUGUUACUAAUACAGAAUCUGUUCAUGGUAAUCUACCGAAAUUUAGUGGAAAUAGUGGAGUGAUUGGUUUAGAACUUGAUCUUCCGAAAAAUGAAAUUGGCAAAUUCACAUUUAUCGUUGACGGUGUUCGGACACCAACGAAACAAUUGCCCAAAUCAGGUGCUGUUGCUAUACCAGCUGUCUGUCUUUUAUCUCGCGGGCAGAAAGUAACUAUUAGAAAUUUAAUACGAUUAAAUCAAGACAAAACUACAUUACCAGUACGAAACUUUUCUCCAAUUCCUGGACAUCGUUACUUUGCACGGACUACAAAUGGUGCGAUCCAGUUUACUGAAUUUGGAAUUAAUUCAUCUUUAAUAGAUCCUGUUACCAAAGCAUGGACUAGGGUAGUUUGUUCGAUUGAACGAAUGUCUACUAAUUCCAGUCGUAUUCGUUUUAAUGGGCCCGUUAAUACGACAAUACGUUCUAAUUUAGCUCUUCGACUAUCGUACGAUGAAGCUCAUUCAUGGUCAGUUUCUCGUAUAUUAUAUUCUGGACUUAGUGCCUAUUCGGAUAUAGCAAUCGUUGGCAAUGGAACUAGGGUUGCGUUAGUUUUUGAAAAUGGUGAAGAGACAUUUGCCGACAGAAUUUUUGUAGCCAUUGUUCCUGCAUCAUGGAUUGAAAAUGGCUAA